AUGGAUGCAGUAACAAUUCUUAGCUAUAUAUUCGAAGGAACAACACUUCAUGAUAAUCUCCAAAAAAUUGUUCCAUUACACGUUAUUAUAGAAAAUUCAUCGAUUCAACAUGAAAUUGUCAUAAAUAAAUCAAUUGUUCCAUUUAAAAAUUUAUCAAAUUUAAUUCAUUGUUCACUUAUUGCUAAUCCAUUUCAAAUUGGACAAACAAUGAAACGUGGAACAUUGUUAUCACUUCCAUUUAAUAUCGAACAAAUGGAACGUGUUGAUCUUUGUAAAGAACUUAAUUUAUGGAAUAAACCAUUAGUUAAUCAUCCAACUGGUUAUGUUGAUGAACAACCAUGGUUACUUCUUCCACCUGAUAAUUUCUAUCCAAUUAGUUCAAUUCGAUUAGAAGCUCAACAGACGGUAAAGAGAAGAUAA